CGUUUUAUUUCAAAUGUCGAGGCAGUCGUCCGGAUUACUUCGGAAGUAUGUUUUGACAUUUCGAAAAACAACAAUUUUUUGCUGCAAUGUUUAUUAUUGAAUGCAAUAAGAAGACGAGGAGGACUGGCUAACGUUAAUAAAGGAAAAUCGGGGAAGAAAUGGCUAACGCGUUGGCGCUCUUCCAACAGCUUCCAGAUUCCAUUCUUCUUCACGUUUUCUCAUUUCUGGACGGAGCUUCCUUGGUCAGGACAUCCUCUGUCUGUCAGCAAUGGUACGAUGUGGCAUAUGAUGAGGUCCUGUGGCGAAACCUCGUGCAUCAGAAAAUACAGAAACACGCUCCUCUCCCCACAGACAAACACAGCUGGAGGGAAGAGUACAAACGACUCGCCUAUCAUAUCCCAUCAUACCUUUCCCAGGAUGUGGCUGGACAUGAUGAUGAAAUUUACUUCCUGACAUUCUCUCCCAGUGGAAAGUUCCUUGCCUCUGUAGGGAAAGAUGGAACAUGCAGAGUUUGGAAUUAUGGCAGUACAAUAACCCUUCAAAAUACUGUGGGUCCAUUCUUCAACCCCCCACUAAAGACACGGUUUUGUGAAUUUAACGAAUCAGAGACGUUACUAAUGGUUACAGGACUUACACAGUUAUUUGAUUUUGAGGGGAGCAUUUUCGUUGCAGUGUUUUCUGUACCAGAUUUCAUGUUACAAUAUGCUGUCAAGGGAGAGUACCCAAAUUUCAGAGGGGCUUGGCUGAAUGACACACAUUUUCUUGUCGCAAAACGAUUCUAUCAGGAUAGAGAAUACUUCAAGCUGGAGGCACAUGAGGUUAAAUUAAAAUCAAAAAGUAAAAACAGAAACUUAGAAGAGCUGUUCAUGAAGAGCAGAAAUAAAGGAAAGGAUGUUUUGGUGUCUUGUCCAUUUCCUUCAAGGAAUGACUUUAUUCGAGUGAUCGAUCCCAGGAAGUGGGGGGAUCUACAGCAGUAUUACCCUAACCUAGAUGAUGUUGAAAUGGAACCUUCAGGUAGUGACAACAGUCAGCCAGGGGGAGGACAAACAAAGCAACAACAGAGUAAAUUUGACACAGACUCCUCAGACAAUGAAGAAGUUGACUUUGGCGGAGAGAAUUCAAAAGGUUCUGAUUAUCGAUUUGAUGAAGACUCCAGUGGUGAAGACAGCUGUGUAAGUGAUGAAUCUGAAUAUGAUAUGGAGGAUGCCUAUUUGGAUGACUAUACAUUGUAUAAUAAAAUGGUUCAAAGGGCCAGGGAAAUGGAAAACCGGAGGCAGCAGGCAAGGAAACAUGUUCCACCAAUGAAGGACGAGAGCUCCCAGCCCUACCCUCAGGUUCUUAGGCAGAUUCAGUCACAGGGAGGGAGGAUUAUCACAAUGGUCCGUAACUCCAACCGUGGAGAGAAGUGUGGGAUUGCUUUCUAUUCUGUGAAGGACGAUGAGGAAGCAUCUGCAAAACCGUUCAAAGUUCUCAAAGUGGAUGCUGGGAUCCUGGGUCUGAGAGUGAGCCAUGAUCAGAGGUACCUGGUUUACUCCUGUCGUUACCUGACAGAGGACGAUGACUGGGGCUUUGAGAGGGAGAUUCUCACCGUCGUGUAUGACCUGAUUCUAGAUCAGUGUCAGGAAAAUGUUUACCUGGGUGGUUACGCGACUUCCACAGACCAUCUAAGCUACAUCUUUCCUGACCUUAGCCAAGAUUUUGUAGCUACGGGUGACGAGAUCACAGAAGGUCACCUGUGGGACAGACAUUAUGGAGUAAAGCUGGAGACCAGCAUCCUACACAGAAACUGUGGACAGCAGAGUAGCGGACUCAACGCGGUGGCCUUCCACCCCUAUGACCAGGAAACCCUCGUCACCGCGGGAGACGAUAGACUACUGAAAGUGUGGAGGUCCAUAAACAGACAGGCUCAGAUAGCGAGGGGGGAAUACCUCAGUGAAAUCGUGGGUAGGGGAUUGAUGGGGGUCGUUGAAUGUGGUGAUUUGCCUGAAGGAGAUGAGAGUUCAUGUGAUAAGAGUACCCACUCAAAGAAGUGUUCAAAGCCUCGUAAACUACUCUCUUUUUUCAAGAAAAAAGCAUUAAAGAAGUGAACGUGUCUAUGAUUUCUAACACUGUGAUAUAUAUUUACACAUUGUAAUAAUAAGUAUUCUUCUAGUUUUAUAGAAUAAAACAAGUGCACAAUACG